UUUGAUCUUUGUGAUUUCCUGCACACCCCUUUGUCUUGUUCUCACCAACUCUCGUGUUUGUUUCGUAAUGGCUUUGAGAAAUACAAUCCUGAUUUUCUUUGUUGCAAUGGCUUUUCUGAGCACUUGUUCUGGUGCAACUGCAUCGGGGGCUGUAUACAGAGCUGGGGUUGUUUACCAUGUUGGUGACUCCAGUGGGUGGAGUAUCUUUCCUGACUACAAUAAUUGGACUUCCACAAAAGACUUUCAUAUGGGAGAUACUUUACUUUUUACCUACGAUAAGAUGUUCCAUAAUUUGAUGCAAGUCGAUGGGAAAGAUUACCAAUCGUGCAACACUAAGUCGCCCAUGGUCGUCUAUGAUACUGGAUCUGAUGCUAUAAAUCUUAAGAAACCUGGCGACUAUUAUUUCAUCUGUGGUAGAAACUUCGAACCUGAGUGGUAUGCUAUGACUCUCAAGGAACCCGGCCACUGCCAAGCCGGGCAAAAACUUCACGUCAAGGUCACUCUACCGAUACCAAAUCAUCAUAUGGUUGCAAGUCCCAUCCCAGCACCAGCACCCAAGUGAUGGUACGAGUUCAAAUCCAAGCAAUGAUGCUGCUCCAAACUCUACUAUUUAACUGCCGUUUCUUUCAUAGUUUUAGUUUCUUUAAGUUGGGCAAACAAUGUUAUUUUAAGUUCAAUUCCAAUUCCAAUUUCAAAGUGAGAAAAAACUGAUUGAUGAAUUGCAGUAGGUAGUGUGCUAGUCAUUGAGAUCUGUACGAGUUUGUUGCUUUUUUGUGUGUUCAGUGAAACUAUGUAACUUGACAAGUGAUGAAUGAAGAGUACUGCUUUAAU